AUGAAAAACAAGAACAAACUCAAGCGAUGCUUAGACUACCUUAGGAACAACAGGGAGAGAAUUGCCAAGGACCACGCCAGCCUGCUUCCCUGCAGCAAAGAGAGUGUCCUGCUAACCUACCUGAAGGAGCUCCGGCUUCAGCUUGCAGCGAAAUACGACGCGCACUUCUGCGAGUUCUUCAUCGAUGAAUAUGGGGAGCGUAGGAACAUAUGCUCCUCCAUAAUCCAAGUGUUUUUCCCCUUCGACAAAGGAAACAACUACAAAGAAAUAUGCACCCUGAUCAGGAGCUACUUCACCUUCGAAGUGGUGUUGAAAAAGAAAAUAAAAACGCUGCUGCUUCCCAACGUGGCGCUGGUGUUCGACUGGAAGAUCGCCGACUGCGCGGACUUGUGCACAAUAGUGGUGUCCUCCCUCAGAACAAAGAACUACGAUGCGUACGUUGUGUGCGGCGAGGCCCCCUUCUCCAUUUGCGCGAAGGACGACAAAAAAAACCUCUGCGAAUUUAAUUUCAAAGAUUGGGAGAAGUCCGAGGGGAAGAAGGAAGAUGCAGCGGAAGUAUUAGACAUAAAGGGGAAGAAGGCCAAGUAUUGGAAAGCCAUGAACAUGGGCGUGAGAGCGGCAGGGGAGCGCAAAUUCGAAGACGACGGGCCGAGUGAGGAGAUGGACCUCUACCUUCACAUGUGGAUACUCAUAAAAAAAAGCCUAGAUGUAAAAAAAGAUGUGUUCGUAGAAAUGGGUUCAGGCAAAGAAUACGACGUGGACGACUGCCCCUAUAGGUCCAUAUUUUACCUGUGGAACGAGAAGAACAUUUACGUAAACAUCCGCAGGACGGAGGAAGUCGCCACGUUAGUUUCGGAGCUGCAAAACAAGGAGUACUUCGUUCCGGCCUUCUACAACCAGAUCAGGGCUAAGGCACUGACCCCCAUUGUGGAGAAUCGGCUCUACAGAAUUAGAAAAGACAGGUUUCUUCUGAAGUUCCCGCAAGGCAGCAACACGACGUUUUACAAGAACUGUAAGAGGGACCAGUACGGGGACUUCCUGCAGCACGACGGACUCACCGAGAUGCACACGCACUAUGGGAACAAAUUCUACACCAACGUAGAAUCAAUCUGUUGUCUUUUCAAGCACAGAAGAGACGGGAAAAAGGCCAAACUGUACUUCCCCCAGAAAUUCAAAACCGUUGAAUACUACGACCGUUGUGGAAGCCACUUUUUGAGGGCGCUCAGGGAGAGCAUAGGAUUCUACUCCCACUUCUCCUUUUACCCAAAUAGACCCGACGGACUGGUCCACUACCUAGAGAUAAAGGACUCAAAACUUUUGGAGUAUUUUUCCAACCGGAACGACCAAGUGACGUACCGGUCGCUGUCCCUUUCGCCGAGCGUGGAGACGGCUUACAAGUUGCAGAUGUUCGACGGGAAGGAGUACUACGUGACUAAGAUGACUGUCAAGUAUAAAGACGAGCGCCGGCAGAACGGGCUCAAAAAGAAGACCUUCCUCAUCCCAGAGAGGAAGAUUCUCCUGGCGUACUACAACAACAGCAACGAGAUAAGCAACGCUUUCGAGGUUUACGAAAAGUGCAUUUGGCACAACCCGGACACGGAGGAGGACGAAGAAGUCGUGACGUACAGAAGGAAUCACAUCUACAAGCACUUCGUGAAUCGCGGGGACCCCCUUCAGAAGGAGAGCUUAUAUCUGCUGAAGGAAGAACGAAGCCUCUUUGAGGACAUCCAAAGCACCUACAGAGGAGUUAUCUGUGCCAUCAGAAAGGAAAGGAAACAAAUGAAAGAAACGGAAGAAGAGUACCAAUACAAGCCACAAAAUAUUACCAAUAUAGGCGAAAUGAUAUACCACGAAAAUGAACAAGUGGAGCAAUUUAAUAAAAACUUAAUCGAAGAUGAGGUGAAUGUGUGCCGCUUUUACAACAGCUAUCCGUGGGAUCAGCACGUGGAGGUGUCCAUGAACAAUUCCUUUUUUCUCUCCAAGAGGAAGAUGCUCAAAAUUGAAUGCGCGCGGGACGAAAUAGCUUACGUCUCCUCGGAGAAGGGGAAAGAAAUGGCACCCUUUGCAUUGCGCCAAGUGGUACAAAAAAAGAAGAAGGAAGGACAGCUUCAAUGUGUGCAUUACGCGGGGGGAUGCCUCGUUUGCCUGGCGCGAUAA